UGUGGAAUGACAGUUGGUUGAGAGUUCGGUCGGCAGAGGGCGUUUCGUCCACCUUCUUCCACUUCCAUUUUUCCCGCCGGGCCGGCAGCUCCUUCUUCAGCCAGUCUUCCGCAGAAACCCGGCCGAGUUGUGAACCUGUGCUCUUCCGCGACAAAAUUCUAUCCCGUGCGAUAAGUGUGAUUUUUUAUUUUUUCAAAGCCCUCCUCGUCGAUUUUCGCCGUCAACACUUUCCCUGGAUUAUCUAAGCGGAUUUAAGUUGAUUGAGGCUCAGGCGAUUCCGGAGGAGAAUACCGGACUUAUGCUGCUUUCCGGUCUGGCCUUCGUCUGACAAAAGGAUCCUGGUGGCCAUCGACCCUCCUCAAGAUGGCUUUUACGGGGAGGAGCGGUUACUCAAGCGGGAGCUCCUCCACCGGCUCGAGCGGAGGAGCGCGGGUGAGGUCGGUCACUCUCACCAGGAGGCCGUCUUCGACGAAACUCGGCUUCUCCAUACGAGGCGGGAAGGAGCACGGGACCGGCUUCUUCGUCACCGCAGUCGAGCACAACUCGGAAGCCUCCAAAUCCGGACUGAUGGUCGGCGAUCAAAUACUGAGAGUGAACGGUUUCCCUGUCGAAGACGCGACCCACAAAGAAGUGCUUCAUCUUAUCCAGGGACAGCCGACGAUAACUCUGAAAGUAAAAUCUGUUGGCAUGAUUCCUGUGAAAGAAAAUCCAGAGGACGAGCUUUCUUGGCAGAUCGUCGACGCUAGUAAUAGUCCGACCCAUUUGGAUUACAAGCCGGAUCUUUGCGACGAAAACAGCAACAUCUCGCCCGUCAGCGAUGUGAGGAUGGUGUUGAAAGUCCCACCCAGGGCGAAGCUCGGUUGCGGAAUAUGCAAAGGGCCAGAUUGGAAGCCGGGCGUCUUUGUGCAGUUCACCAAAGAAAACAGCAUCGCAAGGGUCGCAGGGCUGAGGCCAGGUGAUCAGAUUGUCCAAUGCAACAAUUUCACCUUCACGCCCGAGACACCAUUCAGCGAGGCUGUAUCAGUUAUGAGGUGCAGCGGAGUACUCGAACUCAUCGUAAGGAAAGGCGCCGGACUCGAGCUCUUCCCGGGGGAGUCUUCCGGUUACAACAGCUCUGCGAGCAGUGUGGCAGGCGACAACCCACCCUCAAGGCUGUCAGUCCUUCACGAGGAAUCCAAUCACAAUGGAUUCAACGAUGCUUGCAUUGAGCGAAAUGGAAAUGGCCAAAACCGUUCUGAUUAUUCUAACGGCUGCACUGUCAUCCAUGUAGGUGGUGAUGAACCUGACUCCACAGCGAACAAAAAGAUUGCUGAAAUUUGCAUGGUUUCACAACAGCUGGAGACAAAGACGACGACUGUGUUUGUUGAGGUGCACCACAGCGAAGAUGACACCGUCUCCCACACUCAAUCUGACACCAGCACUGAUAGACUCACAAACUCUUCUUCGGUUAGCUCUUUUACAAGCAGUGCCAGCAGCCUGAGCAGUGCUAUUAGCCAAGAGCUUGAAAGGCGAUCUAAAAGGACACCUGCUGAAAUCGCAGCGAAGACAAACCACCAGACGGACAAGCUCAUCAAAUCUGGACUGGCCAAGGAGAAAGUACAACAACACGAACAGUUAAUGCAGGAAUUCAGAAAAGCACAUAAGAAAAUGUUUUCCGGCGACCAACAAGAGAAUGUUAACGAUGAGGAGAGAGAAGAGACAAGACUGGCAGCUGAGCAGAAGGUGAAAACCAACGGGGAAACAGAAAAAAAAUUAGAAGAGCGCAAGACAGAAACCGAGAGGACAAAUAAACACCAAACAGCACCACCACCACCUCCUCCUUUACCAAAUGGAAAAGAAAAGGAGAAAGUGGUCUACAAGCCGAAUCAUCCUUCAACCAAAAAGUAUCCAGCCCCGAUGCCACCUGCUCCGCCAUCGCCUCCUUACUGUCCAACUCCUGAUUACGACACGACAAGUUUAGCAUCGGACAGUAUAGAAGAAAAUGAUAAACGAUCUCAGAAGAACAGUCAAAAAGGCGACAUCGUUGAAAUGCAGAGCCUUGAGUCGUUUAAGCUCACCAACCCCUCAAAAGUGAAGCCUAAGCCACCCAACACAUACUUCACCCAGAACCCCAGCUUGACUUCUGACACCAGCAAUGGAACGGCAAGCACAUUACCAAUUAAAGACAAACCAGUUGUCACUAUAAGAGAAUAUCCAGGAGGUAAAGAAAGAAAAAAUCCAGCUAAAUUUGAUUUUCUUCAAAACAUUCCUCCUCCUGUCGCUAAUGAUGGAGAACCCAUUGGUGCACGGUUGCAGAAUGAACUUUCACACACUUUGUCACGAGCGACAGUAUUGACAAAAAAUGAAACACAGGUCACUAAUUUCAAUCAGAAUGGCCAGAAUAAAAAAGGAACUGUCGUCAUGAUUAACGGUACAUCGAAUCAAGAACCUGCCAAGCCAUUUUAUCUUUUUCCAGCCAACCAGAUGAACUCGGCAGACAGCAAGAAAAUUACCAGCAUAAUUCACUCGGUCAACAAGCCUUAUGCAAACGGCAGACCAAAGAGCAACAUCGUCGAGAACGGAACUAAAAACUCAGUCACGUUCAAUUUCAGCAACAAGACUCAAGAAGUGAGAAAUGUAAACCACACUCAGCCAAAUGGUAUUUUGAAAAACGGCAAUAACAACAUCGCCCAAAUUCAGAUUCAGUCUAUCGACAAGACGCACAAGUCAAUCAAGUUCGGCGGGUCUUGAACCGACUUACCCCUCGGGUUUUAAUAUUACGUGCCUUUUAAUAUUACUAUUUUGCUACCGAAUUGACUGAGUGCGAUUUUCGCUUAAAUUCCUAGACAAUAACAUAAAAAUUUAAUAUUUUACACAAAUAUCUGCUAGAAAACGAGUUUGUAAAAUUUUGUACAUAAAUACUUUUAGUUCAUUAAGGAAUCAGACUUGUCUCACUAUACUUUGAAAAUAGUUAAAAAUUAAUUUUAUAGGUGUUCCGUAGUUUAAAAAAAAAUCAAUAAUAAUUUCCUUAAGUUAUGAUUAAAAAAUUAUAUACUUAAUUUUCAGUAUUUGUUUCUAUAAUAACACAUGGUAUAAUUUAAUAUCAUACAGUUUUUCUUUUAGUUGUAAG